AUGGAGACUGGAGGUGAGGAGCAAGAUGCUGAAAUGGCGGAAGAGUUUGAGGGGGAAGAGGAAGUGGGUGCUGAAGCAGAGCUGGAUGCGCCAGCAGAGGAAGAGGAGGACUCAGAUGCGGACGCCGAGGUAGCUGAGGAGGAUGAUGAUGACGAAGACGACGACGGUGAGAUCGUUGGUGCUGUCAAAACACGCUCAGGCGCCAGACCAAAGAGGAGAAGAGUGGAGGAGGAGUCGGUUGCUGACGAGGAGGUCGCGGACAACGAGUCUGAUGAGGAAAGUGAGAAAUCGGCCGAGGAAGACUGGGAAGCCGCAGACGAUGCACACGAAGACCUGGAGGUUGGCAACGUGGCCGCAAAUCGCUGCGUAUUCUGCCAGCAGGACGAAGAGCAUGAUCCGGGUGACGAGUUUGAAGAGUACUUGGCCUGCUCAGUGUGUGGCGACAAUGCGCACCGGUAUUGUGCCAGAGAAGCGGGCUCGCUAGCUUCGGAUGAAGAUGCAAGCGUUUGGAGGUGCAAAGACUGCGUGUCUAAUGGACUGGAAGUCGACUUUCGAGAUGUCCCUGGUCUUCUACGAACAGAUCGCAGGUCAUCGGCUCCUAGGAUGGCUCGCGACCUGCUGCCAGCUGCUAGGGGUGGCAUCAAGCCAGAUUCGCAUUCCGUGUUCAAUACCCUUAUCUUGGACGAAGACCCGAUGGACGGCUCAAGGUCGCUGCGUAAACGUAAGACGCCUUCUGGCGACGAAGAGGAGCCGCCUCGACCAGCGAUUCGCAAGCGACGGAAGACCGACACUCAGGAGCCGGAGCAGAUACCCAAUGGCGUGGACCACAGCGUCGCAAGUGUUGACGGCGCAGACGACGUCGGGACGCCAAAGUCGCGUUCUGGACGGCCACGGCGGGUCCUCAAGCAACGCCACAAACAUUUCCACAUCAUCUCGACUGCCGAAGAGCCUAGGAGUCUUCUUGUUGCAUUUCCCAUCACUGCUUCUCAAUGGGAUACGGUCGAGCGUGAAGUGCAGAAGAAACAGCGAAGACGAGAGCGAGAUCGUCAACGACGCGCACGCAAUAAUCGACGAACAGCCACCGUCGAGCCGCCUGACGAGCCCAAUCACUUUCCCGCCGUGCAAACGACCAUCUACACGAACCCAUUUUACGCAUUUCCGGACAGGGAGACGGAUGAGCUCAAGGGCAGACCUUAUGGUGGUAUACUCACGGACGCCGAAGCAGACACGGCUCGGACAUAUCCUCAAGACGUCGAUCGUGCCACGUUCCAGACCGCUCGCGACAAAGCUGAGCAGGCGUGGAAAGACAAACUGGCUAGCAUGAACGGCGAGACACCCGCACGAUCAAAGUCUGCCGCGCCCGCAAGCAAGAUCAAGUGCAUUAACUUUGGCCAGUACGAGAUCGACACAUGGCAUGCUGCGCCGUAUCCUGAGGAGUACAGUCGAAACAAGCAUCUCUACAUCUGCGAAUUCUGCCUCAAGUACAUGAGCUCAGACUAUGUCGCAUGGCGGCACAAGCUCAAGUGUCCCGCCAAGCAUCCGCCUGGUGAUGAGAUCUACCGCAGCAAAGCCACGAACCCCGAGACUGGUGCCGAAACCACGCUGUCAUUCUUCGAAGUUGACGGUCGACGCAACCCGCUGUACUGUCAGAAUCUAUGCUUAUUGGCCAAGCUGUUUUUGGGCUCGAAAACGCUAUACUACGAUGUCGAGCCGUUCCUCUUUUAUAUCAUGACGGAGAACGAUGAAUUUGGCUGCCACUUUGUUGGAUACUUCUCCAAAGAAAAACGAGGUUGUGGGCCUGCUCCAACAUUACAGCCGCACAAUUCGUUUGACGGCACGCAAGAUUCACAAGCCUUUGGAGGCGCGGAGACGAACGAGGAGCCGGUCUACGAUGCGACGCUCAGUAAUCCUGGGAACAACGUGUCGUGUAUUCUAGUGCUGCCAGUGCACAUGCGACGCGGUUUUGGGAGAGUUUUGAUUGAGUUCUCGUAUCUGCUCACACAGGUUGAAGGUCGCACAGGGUCACCUGAAAAGCCGUUGUCUGACAUGGGGUUGGUGUCGUACCGGUCUUACUGGCGGACUGUUCUAUGCAAGCUCUUGCUUCGAUAUCAAGGCAAAGAGGAUGAGGACGCGGACGGUGCCGGUCAGCUCUCGGUCGUGCAGAUUGCUCGUGAGACUGGCAUGACUCCCGACGACAUCAUCUCGACGCUCGAAGCUUUACGAUUCCUGGUUCGGGACCCUGUCACGCGCAAGUACGCUUUCAGACUCGACUAUCAUUACAUGAAGGAGUAUGUCGAUAAGCACGAGAAGAAAGCUACUGUGAAGCUUGACCCGGAGAAGCUGUGCUGGACACCAUAUGUCAUGGGCAAGCCAUCCAAUUAUUUUGCGAUGGGCGAAGAAGCAAACCAGCCUAUGCAGACCGUCGCACCACGCGAAGAGGCCACCGACCUACCUGACGAGCUUGAGGAAGGCGUCCAGCAGACACUCAAAGCUAAUGUUGAGGCUUUCGUUGCCAACGAAGGUACGCAUAUGGAGGCUACUGAGAGCACGGAGCACGUUCCUGAAGCUGAGGUCAUCGAUCCUGCUCUCACGAAAGCAGAUGAGAAGACGCCUCCAAUGUUGGCAUUGACACCUCAGCCCUCAAACGCUGACCAGCCGGCGCCACGCUCCCCGACACGCCAAUCUCCUCGCAAAACACCAAACGGCACUUCUGCUCGCGCGGACACCAAAAGUCCAGGUACCCAGCACAAACGGCAAGGAGACUCAAGUAACGACACCUCCCGUCCCCCGUCCUCCGCUGGGCCCAUUCCACCGACCAGGUUCGAAAUCUUCCCACCCGUGCCUGGUAUGGCAUCUGCGAAACGCCGGCCCGGUCGUCCACCCCGUGGUGGUAGUCGAAGAAGUACGUUUGGCUCUCCUGCACGACGAUCAGCGGCCAGUAGACGGUACACUGCCAACCGCCGUGCCAACGGUGGCGAUGACGAUGGGAGCAAAAGUCUGCGGCGCACGAGAAGUAAACUCGGUGAUUUUGCUGUCAGCGCUACCGAUGUUCAAGCCGGUGGGUCUGUGGAUGGCGAAGGAAAUGUUGAUGACGGCGGGGAACGUGCCGGACAGGACGACGGUGAAGGUCCUGGCCAGGACGACGACGAUAUGGCUGAUGCGCCUGGUGAGGAGGAGGACGAGGAGAUUGGGUAUGACUAG